AUGAUUCUCCAGUGUUUAUUAGCCGCCUUGGCGUUCUUUCUACAGGUUUCAGCCGCUGGAACGAGCUUUCUAGCGGUCAAUUCGCAACGUUACCAAAAUGCUUUGUCCACUGACAAAGUCAACUCGUGGGAAGAACUUUCGGCUCUCAGUGACACGCAGGAGCCUCUGGUCUGUUUCAGAUUCACAAAUUUUGAUCUUUUGACCGAAAUGGCCCGGUUUCCUACCGAAGUGGGAUUCUUGUCAACGUUUUUCGAAGACUUGGCGACGCAAGCGUGGAAUGAAGACUCUUUCACAGACGUGGCAGAUGCCUCAAGUAUCGAGGUUCAAGAGAUUCCAGAACCAGCUUUGCCCUCUCUUUACAGCCAAGUCGACCGGGAAAGUGACAUUAUCGUCUUCGAGUUUUCGGGCGUCUCAUACGAUUUGAAGCGUCUCGACGAAUUUUUGGAAACCGUCUACGUUUUUCUGGAAGAAGAGCUAAUGAACAUCGAUAACAUCGUCAUUCAAGUGCCUUCUGUCGGUAAAGGCUACGUCAAAAACACCGCCAAAACAUCCGACAUCGACGUUUCGGACCCCGAUAGAAAACCAGUUUCAAGCUCUCCAGCCGGAAACGGCGACGAAUUGAGCUCCCUAUGGACGGAGGGAUUGAUCAGCUGUUUGAUUGUCACCGCAAUCUUGUUGGCAAUCUUGUUUGUGGCUAUCUCCUGGAUCACCAGUCUGGAGAUCAGUUAUGGAGCUUUUGAGAAGCCCGUGAAUCCGCUCAAGAAGACCAACUGA